AUGGCCACACCCAUCCUCGUCUCGUUCGACCCCUCCAACCCCUCCGAUUCCGGCCUCGCCCUCGACCAGAUCGCCUACUUCGGUCGCGUGUUGGUCAAGGCUUCCAGUCUCGCUGAGGCCGAGGAGUUCCUUCGCGCCAACCUCCGUUCCCUCGACGUCUACGUCGAUGCGACCGCCGUUGCCUCCUCCGGUGUCCUCGUCGACAUCCUGAACGCCGGAGCCGCCAAGAUCUUCAUCACCCUCGACCAAUUGACCGCCCUCACUCAAGAACAAUCCGUCCCCUCGUCCCGCAUUGUCGUCUACGCCUCCUCCGAUAGCCAGAUAGAUGCCUUCCAAUCAUGGGUGGCUGAGAAAUACGAGCGCAGGGAAGCCGGCCUAGCCACCGAGUCGGCCGCCGUCAAGGCCCUAGCUGACAAGCUAGGCAUGAACCUGGAGGCUCAGAACCUCUACCAGACGCUCUCCGGUUCGCCCUCGGAGGAGACCUUGAAGGAAGCUGUGAAGCAGGGUGCGGUCAGCGUGUUGUCGUCUGACGCCCUGACCUUUGAUCGCAGCCAGGCCGAUGGCAAGGUUAUGGCCGCCUCUCUCAUCGCGGCGCGAGCGGUGGCCGAUCAGAGCAACGGUCUUUACGCCACUACGGUGACCGACGAGCGCGGCACCUGUCUGGGUUUGGUCUGGAGCAGUGACGAGAGUAUCUCCGAGGCCCUGCGCACCGGCACCGGUGUCUACCAGAGCCGAAAGCGGGGUCUGUGGUACAAGGGUCAGUCGAGCGGUGAUGUGCAGGAGCUGAUCCGGGUGGGUUUCGAUUGCGACAGCGACUGCUUAGUGUUCACUGUCAAGCAGAUCGGUAGAGGUUUUUGCCAUCUGGGAACCGCCAGCUGCUUCGGUCCGUACAACGGUCUUUCUCGCCUGCAGAAGACCCUGCAAGAACGCAAGGCGGAUGCACCCGAGGGCUCCUAUACUGCCCGUCUUUUCAAUGACCCUAAGCUCACUCAAGCCAAGAUCAUGGAGGAAGCCGACGAGCUAUGCCGGGCCAACACCAAGGAAGAAAUUGCUUUUGAGGCCGCUGACCUAUUCUAUUUUGCUCUGACGCGCUGUGUGGCUGCUGGUGUCAGUCUGGAGGAUGUGGAGAGAAACCUCGAUCUGAAGAAUCUCAAGGUGAAGCGCAGAAAGGGUGAUGCUAAGGGUCCUUGGGCGGAGAAGGCCGGCGUUGCUCCCACUGCUCCCGCUGCCCCGGCUCCGGAGAGCCAGCCAAAGGCUGACGAAAGCCGAAUUGAGAUGACGCGGGUCGUGACUGCUUCAGCGUCGGUCGACGUUGUCAAGGACCACCUCAAGCGUCCAUCGCAGAAGUCCAACGAUGCCAUCGUUGGUCUCGUCCGCCCCAUUAUCCAAGAUGUCCGCGAAAACGGCGACGCCGGCGUUCUCAAGUAUACCCACAAGUUCGAGAAGGCGACUUCCUUGACCUCCCCAGUCCUCCACGCUCCUUACCCCGCGGAAUUGAUGAAGCUGUCUCCCGAAACCCAGGACGCCAUCGACGUCAGCAUCUCCAACAUUUCCAAGUUCCACGCCGCUCAGGGGAGCAGCAACGACACUCUCCACAUGGAAACCAUGCCCGGCGUGGUCUGCUCUCGCUUCUCCCGGCCUAUUGAGCGGGUUGGUCUUUACGUUCCCGGUGGUACUGCCGUGCUGCCUUCGACCGCCAUGAUGUUGGGUGUUCCCGCCAUGGUGGCCGGCUGCAAGAAGAUCGUCCUGGCCUCGCCGCCCCGAUCUGACGGCAGCAUUUCUCCCGAGAUCGUGUACGUGGCGCACAAGGUGGGCGCCGAGAGCAUCGUGCUGGCGGGUGGUGCUCAGGCCGUGGCCGCCAUGGCUUACGGAACUGAAAGCAUCAGCAAGGUUGACAAGAUCCUGGGACCUGGCAACCAGUUCGUUACGGCGGCCAAGAUGCUGGUCUCCAAUGAUACCUCGGCCGGUGUCAGCAUCGACAUGCCCGCCGGACCCAGUGAGGUGCUGGUGGUGGCCGACGAGAAGGCCAACCCGGCGUUCGUGGCUUCGGAUCUCCUGAGUCAGGCCGAGCACGGCGUCGACUCGCAGGUCAUUCUUAUUGCCAUCAACCUCAACGAGCAGCAGCUCCAGGCUAUCGAGGAUGAGGUUGACAAGCAGGCCCGGGCUUUGCCUCGCAUGGACAUCGUCAGGGGAUCUUUGGAGCACUCGGUUACGUUUGUGGUCCGAGACCUCAACGAGGCGAUGACCCUCAGCAAUGAAUACGCUCCGGAGCAUCUGAUCCUGCAGAUCGAGAACGCUGAGGCUGCGGUGGAGCAGGUGCAGAACGCAGGCAGUGUCUUUAUCGGCCAGUGGACUCCUGAGAGUGUGGGUGAUUAUUCGGCGGGUGUGAACCACUCUUUGCCAACGUACGGCUAUGCCAAGCAAUACUCGGGCGUGAACCUGGGAUCGUUCCUGAAGCACAUCACCAGCUCCAACCUGACGGCGGACGGUCUGCUGGGACUGUCUCGCACCGUCGAGCAGUUGGCCGGUGUUGAAGGACUAGACGCGCACAAGCGAGCUGUCAGCAUCCGCGUGGCGCACAUGAAGCAGCAGUAA